GGGAGGUUGUGGAAGUGUUCGCAGAUGCAGCACAUAUUUAAGGGAAGUACAAAAGACCCUUGAACUAAUGCUAAGGAUCAGAAAUCCGAGGGGGGGCCGCAGUCUCGAGGAAACACUGGGAGGAACAAUAGAGCAAGCAAGACCAGACGAAUGUCCAAGCGGAUGAUGUACUGAGUGAAGGGAAGGACAGUUCGAAGAAAGCUGAUGAAGACACAUUUCUGAGUCAUUUUCAGGCACCGGGUAUAAUUUUCGAAAUGAUACACUUGUGGAGAAGGUAGGAAAUCAAGCUAAACAAAACUGCAACAUAACACUCUAGAAAAUCAACCAAAAUCAGUCGCAUACAAAGCCAACGAGUGAUGCUGUCUAGCAUAGUGACAUCAGUUCCUUAAGGUAUAGCACGUCAAAUAUUUCCUUGGCAAGGAGCGUCAAAGGCACCUGUGAGGUAAAAAUGUCUCAAAAUCCUUUUGGAAAAGUGACUGUACCUCGGUCAAAACAGGAACAGAAUGUGAAAGUAAGGGCAAAGCUAGUGGAUGAAUGCCAAAGUAUAGCUUCUGACAUCCUGAAAGGGGAGCAACUGCUCCAGCGUCUGCAACUGGUCCAACAACGCCAGGUGGAAGGGAUAGGAGACACGGAGAAGAUUUUGGCUGAAGAGAAAGAUUUCCCAGUACAAGUCGAUGAUCUGACAAGUGAAGAUGUGGAAGAAGAUACGCGAUUAGAAGCCAUCAAGUCUGACAGGACAGAGACAAGCCUGAUAGAGAGGAAAAAGAAUGACGGGAAUGGAGAUAAACCUGAACAGCUGGAAUGCCACAAUAUUACAAUACCAGAUGGAGGUUAUUCCGAUGAUAACCCAAGCAUGAGUUGGGUAUGUCCAGAUUGGUCUGCCAACAAUUACAACGAAAAAAUUCCUAAGCCAUCUUCUUUUCUAUCAACCUGUCACCGCCUCUCUGUAACUGAGACCGCUAUGGAAAGGAAAGUCCACCAGGACGCCCAGGGAAAACAGAAUCUUCAGAGAGCUGGUGGAGUUCUAAACUUGGCUGAUGAUCCAGAUGUACUGGAAAUCCCCUUCAAUACCAACAUCCUUCUUGAGCCAUUUCCCUCCAAGGUAUGUCCAGGCCAAGAAGAUGAUUGGCAGCUCUCCCAGCAGCAAACGCCCAAAGAGAUGAGUCCCAAAAUUCAGCGAGAACUUGGGAUGACUGGAUGGGGAAAAAUAUCGAAAGUGAAAGGGGAGACGUAUCAAUUAAAGGAGACCAAACUGCUGUUUGAAGAUUUCCAACAGGAUAACACACUAGGUCCAGCCAGGAUGAGGAAACCACUUUCUUCAUCAAUGAAAGAUCCGGUUUCUCCCUCAGUGCUGGAGCGCACACGUAGCCUGGAGAUGUUUUCAGUGAAAAGCAGCCCCAUUUCCAGAGCUCACUCCUUCAGGAUUCAGAAUCCUGCAAUCUCCAAGAUAGAGAAACAUUCUGAAAACCUUUCAAAGAGUCCAACUGGAGGUUCUCGAGACAGGUCACGCUUAUCUCCAUAUGCCAAACAAGACAAAAAUGUGCACGUUCACAGGAGUUCCGAAUCUAUAAGUACUGAUGCGUCCACACCAGCGGUGGAAAGUGUGAGCACAGUAAGAAAGGACAAGACAAGGAAGGAAUCUGCCGCCAUCAAACAAAAUCCUUUCUUCAAGUUGCGUCCAGCACUGGCUCUCCAGGCAGAUGUCGAGAAGGACAUCAAAGAGGCGGAAGCCAGAGAGGACGAGCUGCACAGACAAAGAAGCACUUUGUACGGAGAGGCGCGACAAAGCACAGGGGAGGGCAACAAGACGCUACUCGCAUCGGCCAACAUACCAGGCGGUAAGCAACUGUCUCGAGGUAAACUGGAACGCAUUUGGCCACCCCCAAGCAAGACAGAGCGGCUCAAAUCUGAACAAACUCAGGGGGCGCGCGUGCACAGAGCAGGAAGUCAGAAGUCCGGUCUCUGGCAACGCUGGGAGUCCGGUGGCCUCAACGGGCAGAUGGCUGGAAAAAAGAAUGGACCUUGACUUAUUUGACUUUAAAGCAGAUAUCCAAAUAUGACUUCCUGUCAAAUACUAGAAUGAGAGGAUGAAAAAUUAAUGUGUUGGAAAAACUUUUAUAGACAGUGGUUUUUGCAAUUUACCAUUUCCAACGCUGCAAAUGAUCGGAUUUGUGAUCAAAAACAUAAUUUAACUUGUUUUUCUUCUCCAAGACACGUCUCGUUCACCCUUAGGUCCUGAUCUACUAAAAUCCAAAACCAGUGAAGUUGGCACAAUGUGUAAAUGGUAACUCAAAACAAUGAUUUGCAAAUCCUUUUCAACUUAUAUUCAAUUGAAUAGACUGCAAAGACAAGAUAUUUAACAUUUGAACUGGAAAACGUUGUUAUUUUUUGCAAAUAUAAGCUCAUUUGGAAUUCGAUGCCUGCAACAUGUUUCAAAAAAGCUGGCACACAUGGCAAAAAAGACUGAGAAAUUUGAGGAAUGCUCAUCAAACACUUAUUUGGAACAUCUCAAAGGUGAAAAGGUUAAUUGGGAGCAGGUGGGUGCCAUGAUUGAGUAUAAAAGCAGCUUCCAUAAAAUGUUCAGUCAUUCACAAACAAUGAUGGAUGCGUGAGCAAAUUGUCCAACAUUUUAAGAACAACAUUUCUCAACGAGCUACUGCGUGGAAUUUAGGGAUUUAACCAUCUACAGUCCGUAAUAUCAUCAAAAGGUUCAGAGAAUCUGGAGAUAUCCUUAUACGUAAGCGAUGAUAUUACGGACCUUCGAUCCCUCAGGCGGUACUGCAUCAAAAAGCGACAUCAGUGUGUAAAGGAUAUCACCACAUGGGCUCAGGAACACUUAAAAAAAAACACUGUCAGUAACUACAGUGUGUCGCUACAUCUGUAAGUGUGAGUUAAAACUCUACUAUGCAAAGCCAGAGCCAUUUAUCAACAACACCCAGAAACGCUAGGCCCAAGCUCAUCUAAGAUGGACUGAUGCAAAGAGGAAAAGUGUUCUGUGGUAAGUGCUUCUGCUCAGUUCGAACAUUAAAUAUCUUGUCUUUGCAGUCUAUUCAAUUGAAUAUAAGUUGAAAAGGAUUUUGCAAAUCAUUGUAUUCUGUUUUUAUUUACAAAUUACACAAAGUGCCAACUUCACUGGUUUUGGGUUUUGUACUAAGAUCGGAAUACCACGUGCUAAACAGCGUGUGCAAUAUAUAAAUUUGCUUGUUGUGUGUGAUCUACUAAGACUGCGUGUGCAAUUGAAAAGUGGUGCAGAUCGCCUUAUUUAAAUGAGGUUUUUGCGUGUACUGCUGUCCGUGGCCAUGGAAACACUCAGUUUCCUCCACACUCAAAUCAUUAUGGCCUCCAGCCUGUUUUGCAAUGCCAAACAAGCCUCGCGCAUCUACAAUGGGGAACACCUUUCCUGCACUGUGGUUGUGGUUUUUGUUCAUUACGAAUACGGUACACAAUUACAAAAUGACGUACCACAUGUCUCCAGUUUGUCAUUGCAACAUGUCGGAAAAUAAAUUACAGAAUAUAGAAUUUCAAUAUUUUGAGCGAGCUGACUUGCGCUCUGCAACAAUGGGGUGGACCAUGACAACAGCAGCGCACUCAUGUCUCUAAUGAUCCAAACACAGGAAAAUGCAUAUUGUAAGACAUUUAUAAUAAGAUAUUUCCAAAAUCCAACCAAAAAAAACCCACCAGACACAAAAAAGCAUCAGUUCAAUUCAUUUUAAUCAGCCCGUUAAGUCAUCCAGCAGCUAUAAAAUUAUAAAAUGAUAUUGCUGAAUAGAGUGUCUUUGCAGCAUGAUCGCCUCCUUACUGUUAGUUUGCACAAACCUUUCAGAUGUACUAAAUUAGUGUUUCUUAACCAUUGUUGGGCCGCCAAAAAAUAUCUGUUCCUCAUCUGUGGUCUGUAUGACCCGCAGCGGUACUCUGUUGUAGUACACUUUUCCACCACUUGUGGCAGUAAUGACAAUAUCAAACAAACAGAAGAAGUCUGUAGCUAAAGUCAUAGAGAGUUUUUUUAAGGAAAAAAAUUAGGAUUAAAUUAGGGAAGCUGUAUUUUCAUUUGCACUUUAAUUUUAUUGACAGUUUAUUUAAGAAACCUAUUUAUUAUUGUCAGUUAUGCAUUAGUCCCUUUUUAGCAUUAUAUUUGCCUAAUGCUUAUUCUUAGAAUCAGCCUGACCUAAGCCGAAGGUUUAUGUGUUUAAUAAAUAAUAAUCUUUGUGAUUAACACAUGCUUUCAUAUCAUUCGACAAGCUUGUAAACUGUAAGUAGGUUAGAUAUAAUUAUUGAACACAAUUAAAGAUCAAGAGUAAGAGGACUAAUUUAGUGUUAGUAUUUCAGUGGGCCCCAGGCCCCUCUGUAGUGGAAAAGUUGCGCCCAGAGAUCAAAAAGGUUAAGAACACAAAAUAGUGCCCGCAAAACAGUUUCAGCCGUGAUAAAUCACAAACGCGUGUGCUGAAAUAUUGUGGGCGCCCUGUGUGUGUUGCUCGAGCAGCAUUGUUUUCCUACGGUAAACAUGAAAGCCAAAAAAUUAUAAAUAAUUACAUUAAAUUAAAAUAAUAUUUGUCUAUUAAAUAUUAACUUUUUGUUAAGUAAACAUUAGUGAAUGUAAUUAAUAAAUACAUGUUCUGUUCAUAUACAGGGAAUAAACCUGAUAUGAGGCUGCCGCUUUAGGUUUUCGUGUGCAAGCCAACUUACAGUUUAGUGCACUACGCCUAGUCCUGAGUACACUGGACGAUGACGCGGUGGAAAGUCAGCACUUUGCAGAUUGGCGGCUAUUUCUGUUUGUCAUAAUGUCGUCUAUAUAAUGUUUGCAGAAACAUUUUUAACACCAUGACUUUCUACAGUGUGGAAUCUACAGCCUUUGUGAUGUAUUUAAUGUAAAUACAGAAAAACAUACUCAGAGGUGUUGUAUUCUCCACCAAGAAGGGGGCGUACAUGAGCUAGCGGGUGCAUGUCGCUACCGUCUCUUGUCAGAGAAGAAGCCAGUGGGUUGUUUCUUUUUGCCACUAUUCAGGUGCAAGAAAUAUAUUUUAUUGCUCUGCUGAAUAAAUUAAUGCAAUUGGCUAUCAAUAUGGAGGAUUAUUUAUCCAAGCUCAAAAACGUGUAAACAGUUUUCCCGAGGAAUGAUUCUUCACAUAAGUACUUACUUGAAAUACAUAAAUGGGACUAUAAGUAUUUGAUAACAACAUUAUUAUGAAAUGAUUCCCUUGUUUUUUUCUUGCUGUCAUAAAUAAUGGAUGAAUGGAUCAAUUUUUUAAAAGCCUGUGUUAAAGUUGAGCAUAUUUAAAGUAAAAAAUAAAAUAAAAAAUACCUCCAAAGGAAUCAGCGCCAUAGACAUCUUAUAAGUAGAUACAGCAUUGGCUGCUGUGACGCGAAAAAUUCGGCCGCCAUCUUGAAGUGGUGAUGAGGAGCCGGCGAGCAGCCUAAACUGAGUGGACUGUUGAAAAUAGGAAUCGGGGGAUUACUUUUCACAAGUAAGAUUUAACAUUAACGUACUAUUGGUUGUAUUUUGUGAAAAGAAUAUUACCACAGAGUUGAGAAGGAGCAAAUAUCUUCAAUAGUAAUGAAAUCGUAGCCGCUAGCAAACAAGAGUAUGACCAUAAUAGAAUUGCUUGUCAGUGAAAUUAAUUAAAUUUAAAAAUGUCAUACUUGAAUAACAUAAAGUUGAAAUAAAUGAUGAAGAUAAAGAUUGUAAAAGCCAACAGGGGUAAACAUUAGGACCACAGUCCAGAUUGUGUAGGGCAGGGGUGCUCACACUUUUUCUGCAGGCGAGCUACUUUUCAAUUGAUCAAAUCGUGGGGAUCUACCUCAUUCAUAUAUAUAAUUUAUAUUUACUUAUUUAUGAAAUAUAUGUUUUUGUUAAUAAGUUAAAAGUGUUUAA